UCUAACAAAUUGGUUUGUAUCUUGAGCCAUUGUAAUGAGAAUGUGGAAGUCAAGUGCGUCACAAUUAGCAGUUCCACAAAAUUUGUUCACGAAAAAUCCUUUUGAAGUUGCCAAAAUAGUUUACUGCAUUUCAGUAACUGUUGGAAGUUUUACAUGGCGUAGACUAAACGAUUCGAAACAGUACGUACAAACGCGCGCUCAAGUGAUUGUAACAGUUGCAUAUUUGAUGGUCUACUUGUGCAGUCUAUAUUUCCAAAGAGAUCUGACCACGAUAUACACCCAUGGUCUUCGAUGUUCAAGUUUGCUUACACUUUUGUCAAGAUUGAAUAUAUUGAUUGGAAGUAUACUUACAAUAAGCGUUUAUCUCAACAGCUUGACGCGAGUGAAGCUUCUUCUGAAAUCAUUUAUUCGCAUUGACUUUAUUGACCAGACUCUUCAGCAAUAUGGUUUGCAAGAGAAAAUUUUGGAUAAAUACAGAAAAAUGAGAAUGCUUACUUCCUUCACUAUUUCUUCGUAUUGUGCGCUGAUCGUUAUAUCCGCCGUUUUUGCAUUUCGCUCUUUCCAUUUUGGUUUAGUACUAAACAUUGUACUCAAUCGUUUUAUCGCCGUUACCGUAUAUCACCAGUUUUAUGUUUGGAUAGAAUCAAUUGGCAAUAGAUUCGAAGUUGUUAACUAUUUUAUAGCAACGAAAGGCCAAAAAAUACACGAUGAAGAGCAGUUUAUUGCGGAAUUAUCCACAGCCUUCUCGUUACGUUGUCAGCUGAAGAAAAUUACUAAUAGCGUUAAUUCAUAUUACACAUUGCAGCUUCUUCUGUUCAUUAGUUUAAGUUUUGCUUACUCAGUGGGUUAUGGAUAUCUGACGUUGUACUUUGCUAUUGGCCCCUCUGCCAAGAUAAUCAUAGUCAAGAAUUUCUAUUUAUAUCUCACUCAUAUAUGCUAUUUUUUGGCGAUGCUAUGUAUGGUAAUAAAAAGUAUUACCAGAAUGUGUUCGGCGGCAAAUGAAUUUGGACGAAUAAUACUUGAGUUGAAAAUAAAACCAAAACGGAAGCGAUUAAGAACUGUGGGACUGGGUUACCCUUCCCAAUGUUUACUUUCCUCUAAAAAUGCGGCGGGAGAAGGAACUGGAAUUUCCCCUAAAGUUUGCCAGCCGACUUCAACGGUAACGUUACAAAUGCUCUUAAAUAACGUAAAAUGAAACAGGCUUGAAUUUGAUACCCAGUUCAUUAAAAUUGGCCCAAGCAUUAUUUUUAUAUUAAGCUUCAAACUGGACCGUACAUACUUUUUAAUCCGACAGUAGUUCUGAAUUUGCUUGUAACAACACUGCACAGUCUUGGUGUCACAAUAUGUGUAUAAUUUACUUUGUAAAAGCGACGCAACAUUGGACU